AUGGGGCCAUGGGGUGGCCGUGGGGUGGCCGUGGGGCGGCCGUGGGGUGGCUGUAGGGUGGCCGUGGGGUGGCCAUGGGGUCAUGGGGUGGCCGUGGGGUGGCCGUGGGGCAGCCAUACUAAGCACCUCGGUCCCCUCGCAGUCGCUCAGGCGAAGGAGGUGGCCGAGCUGUGCCAGGGCGGCCCCGCGUCCUGGUGCCGCGACGUGGCCACGGCCAUCCAGUGCCAGAAGGAGCAGCAGUGCCGCCAGCUCUGGGACAGCCUGGCCACGUGGGACGAGGACGAAGACGACGCGGCGCUGCCGGGCAAGGGGAAGAAAUGCAACAUCUGCACCAAGGUGCUGCAGCAGCUGAAGAAGAUGGUGGGGGACGACCCCGACGAGGACGCCAUCGACGAGGCGCUGCGCAAGGUGUGCGGCACCAUGAAGGGCCUGGGCCGGCUGUGCAAGUCCAUGGUGAAGAAGUUCAGCGAGCAGAUCGCCGAGGCGCUGCAGAACGACGACGAGCCCCAGGACGUCUGCGCCGCCCUCAAGUUCUGCAAGGGCUGAGCGCCGGACCCUGGCCGCCGCCGCCGAACCCCGAAACAUGAAGGGGGGCCCCGAGCCCCACCGCCAGCCUCCACCUCGCCGCCAGCCUCCCUCCCU